UGGAGCUCAGUACACUCCCUGUGAUGUUCUUGUUGGUUUCACUUACACUAGUGGCCCAGGCUCAAGGAAUAUGUUUUGACCAUCCCAAAGCUGUGUUGUCUAUAAACCCUGAUACACGUGUGUUUGUUGGAGACACUGUUACACUCAGAUGUGAGCUACAGGGAGGGGAAAACCUUGAGCCGCCAUUCACAUGGCAUAGAAAUCAUGAGAAACUCGGUCGAGACACAGAGCAGGAAAUCAUUCUCUCAUCUGUCAAAAACUCUGACAGUGGUGACUAUACUUGUUGGGGACAAAAUUCAGAUUGCAGUUAUCCUGUUGCACUGAUUGUAUCAGAGAGACCGCAGGCAGUACUGAGUGUAUCUCCACAGAACUGGCUGACUGAAGGAGACUCAGUGACUCUAAGCUGUGAGGUUACAGACUCCUCUACAGACUGGACAUUCGGCUGGUACUCAGUUGUUCCCUACAGAGACGGUGUAACUCAAAUAAAAAAUACUGACUAUGUCAUGUAUGUGGAGUUUCUGUCAGACAGCAGCAGAGGAUCUGGAGGCUCCUACACUCUCAGUCCUUCUGCUCUUCAUCACACAGGAGUUUAUGUGUGUAGAGGAGAGAGAGGAGAACCAGUCACUCACAUACUGUACAGCAAUCCACAGCCUCUAUGGAUCUCUGGUGAAUCUCCUCCAGUGUCUCUGAUCAUCAGUCCCAGCAGAACUCAACACUUUACUCGUGACUCUCUCUCACUGAGCUGUGAGGACCAGAGUAACUCUACUGGAUGGACAGUGAGACGAUACACAGACAGUGAAGGAGUGUUAGAUUGUUCACAGUGGGGAUCAGUUACAGGAUCUACAUGUAACAUCAGCUUCCUCUCCACAUCCUACACUGGAGUUUACUGGUGUGAGUCUGAAUCUGGAGAAAACAGUAAUCCUGUCAACAUCACAGUUCAUAAUGGUGAUGUGAUUUUAGAGAUUCCUGUUCAUCCUGUGACUGAGGGACAUCCUCUGACUCUACACUGUUUAUAUCGUAACACAAAUCCCUCAAACAUCCGAGCUGAUUUCUAUAAAGAUGGAUCAGUCGUCCAGAACCAGACUACAGGAGAGAUGAUCAUCCAUAAAGUCUCAAAGUCAGAUGAAGGUUUCUACCACUGUAAACACCCAGAGAGAGGAGAGUCACCGAGAAGCUGGAUCUCAGUCAGACUUACAGGAUCUACAUCUCCGCUCUCAGUGCUCAUGCUGAUCAGUAGUGUAGUGACGGCAUCUCCAUAUCUGCUGGUCACCAUCAUUCUGCUGGUCAAAUGUUACAGAGCUCGAGCUCACACUGAUGAAGACAGAAUUGAGAAUGCAGUCAUAGAGGAGAAGUGGUACGGCUUUAACACACACCUCUGCUCUGUCACCCAGUCAGUCAUUAGAGGGACAGGAUGGAGUUCAGUCCACUCGCUGUGAUGUUCCUGUUGGUGUCAUGUAUACAAGUGACUUAUGCUAAAGGUGAUAUAUUUAUAAAUUAUUCUUAAUAUACUACACAUACUGUAAAAAUUAUUUGUAUUGUGUCUUAGUCAGUUGUGUAAAAUUUGCCAGUUUGUUAC